AUGUCAUCUACAGCAACGAUUAGUAGUUCUUCGUCAGUUGCGAAUGAAAGUAAUGCUGGUGAUUUCGAACUGGAAGAAGUUGAAGAAGUCGAAAAACAAGUAAUUUCCGACCACACUUUCGUGGAUGCUGUUCUUUUUGUUAUCGAUUGCUCUCCGUCAAUGAUGAGCGGCGAUGAUUCUCCAUUUAAAUCCGCUAUUCGAUGUGCUUCUUCUGUGAUGAUGAACAAAAUAAUUACCAGCAAUGAUUAUGACCUUAUGGGUGUAGUGCUAUUUGGAACGGAAAAAUCACAAAAUGCACUUGAAAAAAUGCACAUUUAUGUGCUUCAACCCAUUGAUUUACCAGAUAUCCACAGAAUAAUAGAAUUAAAUGACAUAGUAUCAGGGCAAAUUGAUUUUAGUCAGGAAUACGGAAAUACUGACAACGAAGUUCCAUUAGGAGAUGACACUGCUCAAGAAUUAAUGCCUGAAGAUAUGAAGUUAUGUUUUUCAUACGGAGGCGAAAAGCAAUAUGAAGGUAGUAGAAGGACUUUUGCAGCUUUACAUAAGAAAAUGAUCGAAAAAGAUAAAAUUGCUAUAUGUGCCGCAAAAAUUCGCAAUGGAACUCCUUUUACAUUUGUUGCUCUAAAAGCUCAACCUGAAAUUCUUGAUGAAAAUGGUCUGCAAAUUCAACCUCCGGGUAUGAAUAUGAUUAGUCUUCCGUUUGCAGACGAUAUGCGACCCGUUCCAGUUCACGCAGAAAUAUCUCCUGAUUUGAAUCGAUUCUUCAAUGUUCUACAAGACAUGGCUCUAAACAAAGAUAUUGAACCAGAAACGAAUGAUGCAACUUUACCUAAGUAUAACGCAAUCAACAAGGUCUUUAACGAAGAAGCAAAAACCCAAAGUCAAGAAACGCUUCCAAGCCAAACAGACUCGGAGUCUGUUGGUUCUUACAGAGCAUCAUCAUUCAAAGGAUCUAGAUCUAUGGCUUCUUCACAGGGAUCUCAAGCUGACAUUUCAACUUUAUACGAGUCUGGGAAGGCUACUGUGGUUCAGUUAAAAGAUUUUCUAAACAGCGUUGGAAUUAAGCCAGCAAAGAAAAAAGAUGAUUUGGUUAAGCAAAUUAAAUUUUGGGUUAGGUUAGAUGUCGAUCAUGAUCCAUAA